UGAUAGCGUACCAUCUACUCACCGAAACGAUGUCAUAGAAGUACAGUAGGAUAGACUGCAUAUGUCAUAGCUUCUAGGGCUGCAGUGAUUGGAUGAGGGGAAAAUCAGCAACAAUUUGUUAUUUGCCGUUUCUAGUUUCUCAAAUAUAUUUUCUUUGUCACUCAUGAGUUUUAAACCACCCAGGGCUAAUUAAACAAUUCAGUCUAAUCGAGUAAUUCUACAACAAUUACACUACCGCUAAACACCUAAGGAGAAGAAGAAGAAGAAGAAGAAGAGUUUUGAUAAGUUAGCUUCUUGCUAACACCAUCAUGGCAAGCGCCCCAGGUGUUCGUUCCUUAGCAAUUCCCGGAGAAAGCGGACCAGAAACCCCCGACAGCUCCUCGAUGGAGGAUGGAAUAGCUGACGGGUUUAGCGACCUAGCUACCCUCCCGGUAGAAGACGGCGAGAAAAGACCGACGUGUUCACGGUGCCGUCGCCCUCAGAAGGUGUGUCUCUGUCCUUUUCUUCCACCACAACCCCUGGAGGUCUCCACGUGUCUCUACGUAGUGCAGCAUCCUGCAGAGGAGAGCAGAGUACUUCGCACGGUGCCUCUACUUGCUGCUUGUUUGCCACAAGGAAAAUGCAAUGUCAUAGUUGGAAGGAAAUUCAGUGAGGAAAAGCACCCAGAGCUGGCUGCAGUAUGUCGUGACAGCAGAACACUGAUCUUGUACCCAGGUCCCAAAUCACAGAACCUAGAGGAGCUGCUGCAGCACCAAGCAAUAGGCACUAUAAAUCAUAAUGUGAUCAUCAUAGACGGCACCUGGAGCCAGGCGAAAAACAUGUUCCUCCAAAACAGCCUGUUCCACCUACCUAAACAGGUGCAGCUCAACAGGACUCUAUCUAGUAGUCAGUAUGUUAUUCGCACACAACCCUCCAACAUCUGCCUGUCCACGUUGGAAUGCGCUGCUGUCGCCCUGUCCAUCCUGGAGCAGAAUGACACUAUACAAGAGGUUUUGCUGAGGCCUCUGAAAGCCCUGUGUUCGUUCCAGCUGCAGCACGGUGCUCAGAUUCAUCACAGCAAGGAGCACCUGCUGAGGAACGGCAUGUAUGAAAAACCUAUGCCCAAGAACAAACGCAAAAUAAAGAGGAUGGAGAAACUCGUCAGUGACCACAACAUCUGCCCGAGAUGAAGGAGAGACUGAGCAGAGAAGAGAGGCUCAACUCAUCUCUGCUCAACUCACAGACAUCUUUAUUGCAUAGGACUGUGUCAUCAGGGUAAAGCACUGGACUGUGGACGGUGUUUUAGAUAAUUGCUGGAAGCUGGUCGGUGUACUGUAAUUUAAGUGUUUGUCAUUCAUUUUAAAUCGCAAAUGAACAUUUUAGUUUAGGUGACAUGGUGUGAAAACAAACCUUGUGGCAUUGUUUAAACAAUUUACAUAGUUCUUCCUGGCAUUUCAUAAAUACUUUCAGUUCUGUUGUGACAGAGCUGUAGCUGAACACAUCUGUUGUUUAAUGAGCAAAAUAUCAGUUGGUCAACCGACAAAAAAUAAUUGUAACCACCUCAUUAACACAGGUGAUUUUACCAGAGAGACGGGACAAAGCAAGACGACGCAGAUACUACGGUUGAGAUUUGAAUUAUACUGUAUAAGUAACAGUUUAGCUCAAACUAAUAACUGUCAUAAUUGUAGAUGCAGGUGUAUGAUGGUUAUAUAUUACAUAGAGCCAUUAAAGUAAAUGUAACUGUAUAAAAUGGUUGAUGCCAUAAAGAACAUCAAUAAAAUGUAGAUAAUAAACCUGAUUUUCAUGUUAGGGGUGUAGUAAGUAUCAAAGUCUCCAUAUCAUAAAUCAGAAACGGCUUUAAUGGCCAGGGAUGAUAACACAAGUAAUUUGUUUCUGCCACAAAGGCUCUCUGUGUGUUUUAGGCAACAUACAAUAGAAUGGUGCAAUCUAAAGUAAAAUGACAUCUUGUAAAAUCUGUACUACACAACAGUUAAUAUGUUCAGUCACAUACAAUACAGGCAAUGAGACAAUGACAAGGAGAGAAUGGGCCUCCGACUGCUUCUACAUAUGAGACACAAAAAUGUCUUGCACACGUUUAUGGUCACUUUUUGUAUAUUCAUUUCUCUUUGGAGAUGUAUUGCGUGUAUUUGUGGUGCAUCCGUAUAUAGUUGUUUCUUU